AUGUCUAAAUUUCUGAGAUCGGUGGCUGUUUCUUUCCACUCUAGUCCCGUGCCACCAGAUUUGCUGGUACUGAUGGCCUGUGUAUCCGAGGCGGAUAGACUUGAUUGGAUGUUUAGAGACGAUCCUGACGCAUCGUUUUACGAUAAGGCGUGCGGCUCAUAUCUGCCCUAUAUGCAAACAACGAUGAAAUGUUUUAUGUCGUUCGCAAGCGAACAUUCCAAAAAUCUACCAGUAGAAGCACGUCUGGACGAGUACCGAGGGCUCUGUGCGCAAGUGACGAACUCCAGCUUAUCGGAAAACGCUUAUGAGCGCAUUUGGUCGAACGCAACCCGCCAUUUUCAGAGCUAUUUGCCUGUCCCAGAUGCUGCUUUGACAGCGCCCGUGGUUAUACCAGAUAAUGUUGUUUUGCCGAGCUUAAAAUACUACCGAGGUACAUUCUAUAACCUGACUGCGGGCUUUACUUUCAGCUUGGCUAUCAACGGGUUUGUGGCGAUAAUUAUACUUCUCGCUGUGUGGGCCAGGCAUUCUAAAUCUAAUGGAAAGCUUUCCCGUUAUGUACGGUCCAGGGUUUUGAUUCCGGCGGUCUUCGAUACUACUCAUCAUUCAGAAACUAGGGUUCUGCCUUUUUACAAGGUAAUUCUUCCAACUAGGGGGGAGGCAGUUACUCUCGCAUGCUUUUUGUUAGCGAAUGCAGGCUUGUCUCUCUACAAUUAUCCCGUCUUGAGUUCGAAAAUGGACACCAAGCUCUUUUUCCUGGUACGAUGCAUCGCCAACCGCUCGGGCGGACUGGCAUUUGGCUUGAUCCCAAUGACAAUUCUGCUGGCCGGGCGUAAUAAUUUCAUACAGCAGCUGACAGGGGCGCCUUAUUCCAGCCUUAUAUUUUUUCAUAAAUGGGCAGCUCGAACAAUGACUUUCUACGCAGUGGUCCAUUCUAUUUUAUGGGUCGCGUAUGUGGCUAUCCGCAUGCGGGUGUCUUUGUGGUAUUUUUUCGUGAGUUUCGCUUAUUGGAGAUGGGGUGUAAUAGCUACGGUGGCUUCAGCCGUGCUUGUGUUGCACUCUGUUCAUAUUUUGAAAGCUAAACAGUAUGAAAUAUUUCUCGUUGUCCACAUCUCAUUGGCGCUUAUAUUCCUUUAUGGUUGUUGGAAACAUUGUGCAGAAUUCGGAUGGCUUGGCUGGAUUUACCUUGCAGCUGGUUUAUGGGUAUGGGAUCGUAUUUGCAGAGCAUGGCGCUUUCUAUUUGCAUCGGGAGGAUAUAAAAACGCAUAUGCACAGGUACUAUCAACCUCGGACGAAAUUUUCAGAAUCACUGUCCCUUGCGUGGAUAAGCGUCAUUUCAAGUUCUUUCCCGGUUGCUAUGCUUUCGUAUACGUUAAUGGCCGCAAGUGGUUUUGGCAAUCUCACCCCUUUACGCUAAUGAAUUCUGGAGAAGCUCUACACGUACUGGUGAGAGCGAAGAAUGGUCUCACCAGAGACAUAUUUUGUGCCCUCCCAAGUGAUGGGGCUCGCUUGCCGUUGAGAAUAGCAUUAGAGGGUCCAUACGGGCACGAAGCGCCACUAAGAUCUUAUUCAAACGUUUUGCUCUUAGCAAGUGGGGCGGGAAUUCCGGGGCCCGCCAGCUAUCUGCAAAAAUUAAUUGAUUCCCAUGAUCACUGUGAAGUCAUUCAAUGCACUUUUGUAUGGAUUGUUCCCUCUGAAUCUUUGAUAGACACUAUGAGGGACACGCUGUUGACAAUCUGUAAGAAAAUUGGUAAAGCACACAUGAAGAUCCAAUAUAAACUACUCAUUUACGUGACGCGGUCCCAGGGGGGAAAUGCGGAUCUGGAGUGGUUACCACACGAAAUCGAACUGCAUAAGUUCAGGCCUAGCGUCGAAACGUUGAUACAAGAUUUUUGUAAAGAGAGCAGCGGCACUAUAGCGAUCGUUUCCUGCGCAAAUCCUGGCUUGGAUGACUUGGCUCGGCGCUACAUUGCGCAAGCAAUUCAGGUCCAUCCAGCCCGCAUAGAUUACUUUGACGAAUUACAGGUCUGGUAG